AUGCUUCGUGCCAGCCUCUCUACGGUCCUCGCCCGCUUGCCGGCGGUCGGCUCUGCUGCGGCAACAACGGCAGCCCGCGGCUACUCGGGCGUGGUGUCCGAGACCGACACGCGCGGAGUGACGACGGUGACACUCAACAAGCCUGCGGUUCACAAUGCGUUUGAUGCCGAACUCUCGGGUGCGCUCCGUGCCGAGUUCAACCGCCUCGCCCAGUGCGAGGAGACCCGGGUGGUCGUCCUCCGCGGCGCCGGCAAGUCGUUCUCGGCUGGCGCCGACCUCGAGUACAUGAAGGCCAUGGGCGCCAACGACGAGGCUGCCAACUACAAGGACGCGCUGGAGCUGGCGGACAUGAUGCGCUCGCUCCGGUUCCUGCCCAAGCCGACGCUCGCUCUCGUCCACGGUGCCACCUUUGGCGGCGGCGUCGGACUUGUUGCCGCCUGUGACGUCGCCUUUGGCACCGAGCGCGCCUCAUUCUGUUUCUCAGAGGUCAAGCUCGGCCUCAUCCCGGCCGUCAUCUCACCGUACUGUGUGGCCGCGCUCGGCGAGCGGGCUGCAGGCCGCUACUUUAUCUCGGCAGAGGUGUUCAAGGGCAAGAAGGCCCAUGAGCUUGGCCUGCUUCAUGAGGUCUACGAGUCGGACGAGGCCAUGAACCACGCAGCCGAUGCCUUUAUCGAUCACUUGCUCGGCAACGGCUCGCAGGCUAUGGCGGCCGCCAAGCAGCUCCUCCACACCAUCCGCGGUCAGCCCAUCGACACUCCGCUCAUCGAGGAGACCUCGCGCGCAAUCGCCGCCCAGCGCGUCUCGCCCGAGGCCCAAGCUCGCCUCGCCGCCUUCCUCAAGGGCAAGUAAGCGCGUAAACGCGUGACUCCACCUCACCCUCACUCGCUCGCAAGCUCAGGGCGCCACAAGAUCGUCGAGAAUGGGCGAGACCUCGUCCCAUUGGCCAAAGAUGGGGGCGUAUUGAAAGAGCGCUGCGGCGGCGUGGUCAAAGUAGCCAGCGACGUCGCCGCCGGCCUCGGCAACCUCGUCCAUUCCGACUCUCACUGCAGCCAUGAUUCUCUCGAUGAUCGGUCGUGUGUAAAAGUGGGUGCCGG